AUUUUAGUUGUGUCAUCUUCCGGAGGGCCGGAGGUCAUCGAGUCAUACGUACACAGAUAACCCUUGACGCGUUCAUUGAAGCUUGAAAAUUAUCGUCAAGUCAUCGAUGUCGAACCAAAAAAUUAUUUUUUUUUAGAACAGAAGAUAAUCGCACAAUCUCUCCCGAAGAAGGUCCCAGUUUUUUUUUUUCUCUCACUGGACGUUGACCGCUCGCGCAGGUGUGAGAGUUUUGGCACUUCGCACGCGUUUCGUCAUUAAGCCGCCGACUUGCGGAUGAUGUAAUGUCAUGCUGUCACUUUUCCCGUUGCUAUCGCUAAUAAACAUGCAACAUGUUGCGUCCUUUUUUCGAAAGUUAUCAAUCGGCGACAAGAUAAAGGAUGGCGUACUGCCGCCGGUAAGAGUCAUGGGAACGGCGGAGGAUCUGACGAAGAAUCAGAACAUUCUGACACUAAAAACGGAUACCGAAUUAAAAGAAUCCGUUUACGACCUAUUGAGGACAAUCAAGGAUCCGGAAAAGCCACAAACUUUGGAACAACUGGACGUUGUCUAUGAAGACUGCGUGAACAUUUGUCCCAGCACACCGGUGGGAAUUCCUGUAAUUCGUGUGGAGUUUAAUCCAACAGUGCCUCACUGCUCGUUGGCAACUCUCAUAGGACUGUGCAUCCGUGUCAAAUUGGAACGUCUCUUGAUGGCCUCGUUUAAAUUGGACAUCUACAUAAAAUCAGGCGCACACGCCACAGAGGAAGAAAUUAACAAGCAAAUCAACGACAAGGAACGCAUAGCUGCCGCGAUGGAAAAUCCAAAUUUGAGAGACUUGGUGGAGAAGUGCAUACUCGAGGAGGACUACUAGCUUUUGUACAGGAUUUAUAUUAUUGAACAUGCGUGCUGCUGUUCGUGUCAUAUUUUUAAUGAGUAAAAGAAAUUUUAAUUGUACUCUAAUCCAUAUACUGUAAAUACACAUUGUUUAUAUAUGCGAGGUGAUCAUCAGAACAUUUCCAUCUUAUUGCAACAAUUGCGAGCUUGCCUCUCCUCAAAUUUAUAUUAUCGAUUGAACAGGUUGUACAAUUUUGUAUAAAAAAAAAA